CAUUCUUCGCACCUUCCAUCUCAGCUGCCACACACGGCUCCGCGGCUCUCCUCGCAACCCCGCCACCUGCCCUCGCUCCCGAGACCUCAGCACGGGAAAACCUCGCUGCGGAUGCAGGAAAAUGGAGUAGUCUCAGAUUACCAGAGACUCAGCAAGGAGCCCGUCAUGCUGCUGGGCGAUGUCGCUGUUUUCCUUGUGUUUGCUGCGAUAGGAAGAGGCUCUCACGGCUCCUCUGACGGCAACGUGCUCCUCACCGCCGCGCCAUUCAUCUUGCCUUGGUUUGCGCUCUCCCCGGCAUUGGGUGCAUACAGGCGGGUCAGUAGCAGGAUCGACGCUGUCAAGGGCGUCAUACCGGCGGCAGCUCUUGCUGCGCCAGCAGGCUGUGCCCUUAGAGGAGCACUACAGGAUCACAUGCCUGCAUUGCCGUUCUGGAUCAUCUCGUUGGCUUCGAUCUCAGUGAUAAUGAGCGCAUGGAGGGUCAUUCAUUUUCAAGUGCAAGAAACAGCGUCGACUUUGGAUGGCUUCGUAGAGGCGAUCACGGAGGACGUCGACUAGAAAGGCAGGAUGUUUGAAUGUGAUUGAAACCAGGGACGUGCCUUU